AUGAAUAAUAAUACCAAUAUUAUCAAAGAGAUUCCAUUCAUUGAUAAUGAUAAGUUUGAUUUUACUACAACCAAUUCUAUCAAUAAUGAUUUAAAUACAUCAAAUAGAUCAAUAUUUCAUAAAUUUAGAAAGAGAACCAAGACAAGAUUACCAUCUCAUUUUCAUCCACCUUUACUUAAUGGUAUACUAAUAAAUGACAUACCACCGCCGCCAGUUACAGAACAAGUAUCAAUUACAAAGGUAUCCAAAUUUCAUAAAUUCGUUACCAGAAUGAAAAGCUUUAAAUCAAUCAAGAAACACCAGACUUCUACCACUAGUACUAACCAACUUCCAAAACCUAAAAAGAUAAGAAGAACAGUGAGCACUCCUAGAAUUCCAACUUCUUCAAAAACAUUGAAUCAUGCAAGAUUAUCAUAUUCUUCAUUAGGUAAGAAAUGGGACCGACUUUUUCGAACAGCAAGACCUAUUAAUAUCAAUAAUAAUAAUAUGAAUAUCAAUAGUCCAUUUUUUCCAAUAUCUCCACAAUCUAUGAUUAUCCCUCGUCAUGUGUCUGAAGACAUGGAAGAAGAAGAAGGCAUAUUUUCACACAUUAACAAUUCUAGACAAGAUAUAUCCGACGAUCAGAAUAAGACAGUCGUAGAAGAAAAUAAAGAUCAAAACCAUUGGUUUAAAACUCUGAGAAUUGUUAAUAAUACUGAAAAACAUCAACAUAGAAGUUCAAGUUUAUUAAGUUUUUGGAAUGGGAGUUUUUUUAAUGAUGGUGCUGUUAGAAAUGUGAAAUUAUAUUCACAAUCUCAAAUUACUGAUCAAAGUACAAUAACUUCUAUACAAGUUUAA